UUGUUUCAUUUUAGAAGUGGAUUUUAUUAGUGAAUACUAGAGCGAAUCAGCUUAUUUCUGAAGCAGGAUCAAACGCUUCUACCAAUACUCUCUUAGUAUUACAACAAGGUGUCUACAAAAAUCUUAAAGGGAAUGGUUAUAGUCAAUAUGCUGAUUGAAACCUCUGAAGAGAUUCACUUCAGUCCUUCGAUUUUUUUAAAUCAAGAAGUUUUCGACGAGCCAGCCAACAUCCUGAUGGUAAACGGUGCUGUCGAUCGUUAUGGAUUCUUCGAAGGUGAACAAUUCUGUGAAACAAACACGCGGAAACUUUCUGAAUCCUCUUUGAACAAAAUACGCCGAAAAGAAUUGAAAUGGCAAAAUAUGCUAAGUGAAUGGGAUAAAUGGAUGUAUUAUAAAACAGAUCGGGUGAGAAAUCAAUGUCGAAAAGGUAUUGCACCGGCUAUACGUUCAAGAGUGUGGCAGUAUCUCUGUGGGAGCCAUAGAAUGAUGCAGAUAGAACGUGGGAAAUAUAAGGUACUUUUGAGAAUGUCGGGUGAUCCAAAGACAAUUUCACAAAUCAAAUUAGAUGUCGACAGACAGUUGCCUAAUCAUGUACUUUUUGCUACAAGCCAUGGUAAUGGAAAAGCAUCUCUGUUCAACGUACUCAAAGCAUAUUCACUGCUACAUCCCGCUACUGGCUAUUGCCAAGCUCAAGCACCGAUUGCUGCAGCGUUACUUAUACAUAUGCCAGAAGAGGAUGCAUUUUGGACUUUUGUCUGUUUAUGCAACCGAUAUAUGACCGAUUAUUUUAAAUCAGAUCUUGUGAAAUGUAAUACAGAGCCAAUAUAUUUUGCUAUUGACUGGUUCAUGUGUUUGUAUACACGCAAUUUGCCAUGGUCUACAGUCCUCCGUAUAUUGGAUAUGUUUUUCUUCGAAGGUGUAAAGGUUUUAUUUCGUAUAGCACUUUCUAUAUUUCAACUUUUACUGGGAGAUUCGAAUUCAAGAAGAAGAUUGAAUUCAAUGGAUAAAUUAAUGGAAUCUUUACGUAAUCUACCUAAAAAUAUAGUCGGUGAACAUGUGCUUAUUAAUCAUUCAUUUCGUUAUACAUUUAUCACUAAACAAGAACUUGUAAAAUUGUAUCGAACACAACUAAAGUCUACUGAGUUAAUAUCAUCGUCUUCAUAAUAAUUUCUAUGUCUUCUUCAUUUGAAUUAUGCUUCGAUUAAUCGAUGAUUUUGUUUCUUCUAGUGGAAACCACUCUGUUUUUUUUUCUUCUUUAGAGUUUACUUUUGUAAAUGUUAUAUUUCACUUAAAUUCAUAUAACACUGUUUAACUGUUUAAAUUCUAAUCCUUUUUUCACUUUGUUUUGUACGUACAAUCAUGGGAGUGAAAUCAUUUAAGUAUUAACUCCAUAUUUUGCUAGUUCUAUUAUGACUUCUUUAAAAAGAGCCCUUGUCAUUUGAUUUGAUAAAUGUUAACUUUAUAUUUACUUCAUUAAUUAAUGUAUCUCUGGUUAAGAUCACUGACUUUAAACUCCUUUAUGUCUUCACGAAAAAAAUGUGUAAAUUUAUUUGUUCAUAAAACAUUUGCUAUCAGUUUAACUUAAUAAUUUUUGCUUGUCAUGCUG